GCGACCCGGAAGCUGUCGCCGGCUGCUAGUCGCCCGCUGGCGGCUCUGUCCUCUUUGGAGUUGGGCAGUGUAAUAGCCUGGGCUGCCGGAGCUUGCUGUGGCUGCUGGUCGCGGCAGUCGGAAGGAAUCCCCAAUGAGUUCGUUCCCAGGGGCUCAGUCUGGGCACGCGUCCCCCGGCGACGUGUGACCCGAUCAGCUGGCUGCUGCUUCGGAGUUCGUAAGUGUCCGUGGGCCGCGCGGGGCCGCGAAGAGACUCUCCGCCUGGGCCAUGUUGAAGGCCCUCAAAGUUUCCCUCAUCUCGGUUGGAAGAGGCUAGUUUGAUGGGCUCUGUUGACAGAAGCGAGCAGGAGAAGCAGGGCUUUCUCUGUCGCUUUGCAGUGACAGUAGUAUCGAGGGUUCAGAGUUCACUCAGUAGCAUCCGGACUUGUUCUUUUCUGCUCUCACUCCUGACACCAAAAUAAAACAGGAGGCUGUCAUUUGUGGAAACCCACCUGUCCUAUUAGCCAUGAAGACACAAACUGCGUCCCCUACCCAGGGGACUAUCCCCGAGUCCAGUUAUGUCUACAGCAGUCUAUGGAGUAGCCGGAAGCUAAUGGUCGUGGGGGUCUUUCUGGGUUGGCUACUGGUCAUCCACCUUUUGGUCAACAUGUGGCUUCUAUUUCUUCUGUGUGCAUCGUUGGUCGUGCUGGGAGGAUGGCUGGGCUCCACUGCCAUCGUAGGGGCUUCAGGUCAAUUGCAUUUGGAACGAUUCAUUACAAUCACCACCUGUCCUCCAUGUCCCGAGGCAGAAAGGCAGCUGGAACAAGAGAUUAACCGCACCAUCCAGAUGAUUAUCCGAGACUUCGUGUUAUCCUGGUAUCGUUCGGUGAGCCAUGAGCCAGCAUUCGAGGCAGAGAUGGAGGCAGCCAUGAAAGGGUUGGUUCAGGAACUUCGAAGGCGGAUGAGCAUAGUGGACAGCCAUGCUCUUACCCAGAGGGUUCUGACUCUCUGUGGUUGUCACCUGCAGAGCUAUAUUCAGGCAAAGGAGGCAAUUGCAAAGGAGCAGAGCUGUCCAGUUCAGCCCUCCCAGCUAUGGGAUGCUUACUGCCAGGUUACUACUCCCCAUCCUGCCAUGAGCUGUCCUACCACGGAGGUCACUUAUGCACGUGGCAUUGUGAAUUUAAUACUAAAAGAAUUAGUUCCCAAGCCCCACCUGGAGACUAGGACUGGACGCCAUGUUGUAGUCGAACUCAUUACGUGCAAUGUAAUCUUACCACUGAUCAGCAAGCUAUCAGAUCCUGACUGGAUCCAUCUUAUACUUGUGAGUAUCUUUUCAAAGUACAGACAUGAUGCAGCACAAGGAACUAAACCCUCCUGCUCACCCAGUGUCCCAGAGCAGCCCUCAGUGCCCACAUCCCUGCCAUUGAUUGUUGAAGUAGAGAGUUUGCCGGUAGGAAAAGCAUCUUCUCCAGCAGCAGCCCCAGUACACUUAACCUCUAGUGAGCCAGCCCCCUCCCCAGAGAUUGAAGAAGGCCAUGAAGCUGUAGAGGGAGAUUUGCCUGGGAUACCUGAAGAAAGAAAAGUAGGAAAUAACUCAUCCCAUUUUCUACAGCCAGAUAUCAGAGGCCCCUUGUUCUUAUGUGAAGACUCAGAACUGGAGUCACCACUGUCUGAACUGGGCAAAGAAACCAUCAUGCUAAUGACCCCAGGCAACUUCCUUUCAGACAGGAUUCAAGAUGCUCUGUGUGCCCUUGAGGAUUCUCGGGCUCUGGAGCCUAAGGAUGGCGAGGGAUCUGAAUGCAUGGAAGGAGCAGAAGCUGAGGAGGCUCCAGGAACAGAAACAGAAACAGAGACAGGCAUGCUGGUCUCCAUGCUUAAUUGCCCAGAGAUCCAGAUUGACACAGCAGACAAGGAGGCAGAGCAAGGAGAUGAUGACACCUGUCUUACAGCUUUGCUAGAGGAACCAGAAAAAACCUGUCCCCUACGACCUUCAUGCUUAGAUAAAGAUCUCACCAGUGGCAUGUGCACCCUUGAGCCUGCUGUGCCUCCAGUGCCACUUUCCUCCUCUCCACCUGGUCCUCUCAGCUCAGCUACCUUCAGCUUUGAGUCCCUGAGCAGUCCAGAUGGCCCAGUUGUCAUCCAGAACCUUCGGAUCACUGGCACCAUCACUGCCCGAGAGCACAGUGGGACUGGAUUCCACCCAUACACUCUGUAUACUGUGAAGUACGAGACAGCCCUUAAUGGUGAGAACAGCAGCAGCCUACAGCAGCUGGCCUAUCACACAGUGAACCGCCGCUACCGGGAGUUUUUGAAUCUGCAGACCCGCCUAGAGGAGAAACCGGAUCUACGAAAGUUUAUCAAAAAUGUGAAGGGUCCAAAAAAGCUCUUUCCAGAUCUUCCAUUUGGAAACAUGGAUAGUGAUAGAGUAGAAGCCCGGAAGAGCCUCUUGGAGUCCUUCCUGAAGCAACUCUGUGCCAUUCCUGAGAUUGCCAACAGCGAGGAGGUGCAGGAGUUCCUUGCUCUGAACACAGAUGCUCGGAUUGCCUUUGUUAAGAAACCAUUCAUGGUCUCUAGGAUAGACAAGAUGGUGGUGAGUGCUAUCGUGGACACCUUGAAGACAGCGUUUCCUCGCUCUGAACCCCAGAGUCCCACAGAGGAGCUGAGUGAAGCAGAGAAUGAAAGCAAGCCACAGACAGAAGGCAAGAAGGCUAGCAAGUCCAGACUAAGGUUUUCAUCCAGUAAAAUUGCCCCUGCACUGAGUAUAACUGAGGCACAGGACAAGAUUCUAUACUGCCUCCAGGAAGGCAAUGUGGAGUCAGAGAUCUUGUCCAUGUCUGGGAUGGAAUCUUUCAUUGAAAAACAGACAAAGUUACUGAAAAUGCAGCCAGCGGAAGCCCCAGAUAAAGAUCCCCAACAAGUCCCCAAAGUAUAUGUGGAUAGUGGUUUGUUGGAUAAAGCUGUGGUAGCCCUAGAGCUCAACCAGAGUGACCCAGGAACAGAGACAGAGUUAGCUGAUACAGCCUUUGAUCUGAUCCUCCUGCUGUUGAUGGAGCAGUGGAAGUGGCUGUGUACUGAAAGCAUGCAGAAGUGCCUCCGCCUUAUUUUUGGAACUCUAGUUCAGAGGUGGCUAGAAGUACAGGUGGCUAAUCUAACAUGUCCCCAGCGUUGGGCACAAUACCUCCGCCUUCUUCGGGAAUCUAUCUGGCCUGGUGGAGUGCUGCCCAAGUUUCCACGGCCUGGAAGGACUCAGGCACAGAAAGCAGCUACUGAGAAGCAGGCUUUGCAGAGCUUGAUGGGUCUCCUUCCAGAUUUUUUAGUAGAAAUCCUGGGGGUGAACAAGUGUCAGCUGAGCUGGAGUCUGGUCUUGGAAUCAUUCCAGCAGUCCCUCAUCAACAGACAUUUGAUUUACUGCCUUGGAGACAUUAUCCUGGAGUUCCUGGACCUCAGUGCCUCUGUUGAAGAGUGUGCUCCAACCACCUCUGCCUCAGAUUCCCCAGGCAGCCUCAAGAAGAUGUCUGUCUCCACUUAGCUAGGAUACCAUCUCCAAAUGCUUGAAAAAGAGAGCUGUUCAACUUUCAGAGACAGCUAGGAUGCCUGUGCCCUCUGGAGCUAGGCUAGCUUAGCUGUCCUGCAUCUCAGAGGCUCAGUUUCCCUACCAGGUCUCCCUUAGUAGCACAUGACAGAGCUACAUAGCCUAUUUGCAUGUGUACCUGUUUCUAUAUUUUUGAUAUAUGGAUUGCUGCAGGGAGGAGGUCUUGUUUCCUUGGGAACAGAAGCUGUGAAGCAGAGGCUUUUCCUUUGUCUUCUCGCCAUCAUGGUUUGCCAACAGCUUGGUCCUGUGCAUGCGUGCACCUAAUCCACAAAUGUACAAGUGGUAUGUAAUACAGGAGAAAACUAUAGCCAGAUUUCCUGGGAGGAGAAACAGUCUCCUGAGCUUUCUUUUCCUACCUGGAAACUAAACAUUUAUUCAGGAUCACUCCCUCACCCUGCCUAGUUUCCCAACAAUUCCAGAAGAAGAGGGAAGGAAAGUAUGUCUCCAGGGACUUGCUCUUUGGCUAUUUUAUGACACUGUGGACUUCUAAAGGAUGUCAAGAACGCUGCUUCCUUGGGUGGCUAUACUUUUCCUGUCCAGAAGGCUUCAAAGCACGUUGUCAACCUGGUAAAUCUACCCCACCCUUCACACCCUUUCCUGCGAGAGUUUACAGAGCAGAUUUUCUUAGCUUUCCUCCCAGCCCCUACCCAAGAGCAAAUGCAUUUUGGAUUUGUAACUUUCCCUCUAUCAACAGAAUUGCAUGGCAAGUUACAUAUUUGGUCUCAGUAUUUCCAAAGAGAAGGGAAAGUACUUGUUCCAUGGCUGAGGGUGUACAAAGAAUAGACAUCAGGGGAUAAGUGGGGAUCCCUCCACAAGACCCUGGCAAGAAUAAUACAGCAAACUUGCAGGAUACAGAUUUUACUUUCUGUUCCUUAAAGAAUGAAUUAGUCCUUAGGAGUCCAGCAAUAAAAGCAGAACACUCUGUGUCCACUGGAAAGAUGGAGCAACUGAGAGCAGCUGUUAGAGGAAAAAGGAGUUAGAGGGAAAGUCACAAGGGAAGUGCUGCUGCCCAGUAAAUGCAUAUGAAUAACUGGCAUCCCCAGGAUACCAUAUGAGAGACCAUAGCCAACCCUCAGCUCAGUGGCUCUGUGUAGCUCUAGCCUUGCUACACUAAACUAUGGGAUCCACAUGGAUGGGGGUCAUGGAGAAAGCCUGAUGAGAGUUGGGAAGGCAUCAAGAGCCCAUAUCAAGGUUUUCACAGACUCUGAAGUAUGUGAUGAGCACACAAUUAAAGUCAUUCAUAGAAAAAA